GUUUGAAAGAAAAGGAAGAAAAAAAGAAAAACAUUUUUAGCAUAGUUGCAGUUAAUGUUUUCAGUUUGUGUACCUGUGCCACCCCGAAACAAUUUGCGACCAAACUGGAGAAUUGUUCUGAUGUUGAGCGAACGGUAAAGCAAAAAUGUCUGACGAAGGAAAGCUUUUUGUCGGUGGUCUUAACUUCGACACUAACGAGCAGUCCCUGGAAUCCGUCUUCUCCAAAUAUGGACAGAUCUCUGAAGUUAUUGUAAUUAAGGACCGAGAGACGCAGAGGUCGAGGGGGUUUGGUUUCGUCACCUUUGAAAAUCCUGAUGAUGCAAAGGAUGCUAUGUUAGCUAUGAAUGGAAAGUCUAUUGAUGGACGUCAGAUUAGGGUGGAUCAAGCCGGAAAAUCCUCUGGAGACCGAUCCCGAGGCUACAGGGGUGGAAAUGCAAGCAGUCGUGGAUUUUUCCGUGGAGGGUCUGGACGUAGAGCUCGUGGGUUUUCCCGAGGUGGAGGAGAUAGAGGGUAUAUUGCACGCUAUGAUUCAAGAAGUGGUUACUCAGGAUCAAGAGACUACUACAACAGAGAUAGGAGUCAAGGGAGCUAUGGCGGCGGUGGUUCCUACAGGGACAGUUAUGACAGUUAAGCUACACACAACGAAUAAAUAAAUCUUCCUGACUCAAGAUCGUCCUUCCUAUGGCUGUAUUUAUAAAGAUUUUCGGAGCUUCGUGGAAUCGUAUUGUGUACUUGUAUUCUCACUGACUUGUAGUAAUUCAGUUUGGCCUUGUUAAUCACAGCCUGACAGCUUCUGACAUGAGGAUGCACACUAAGUGUUGGCUCAGUAAUUUUGGAAUUAAACAAUCAAAUAAUAAGCAUUCUCAGGCAGUUGGCAGAGCCCUCAAUAUUUUUUUAGUAAUGUUUUGAGGUUUUCUUUUACUUUAGAUCUGCUUUUUUGUCUUAACAUUGCUCAAAUGCUUCCCAUAAAGUCUAGCUUUUUCUGAAUUGAAGUUGUGGGGUUGACUGGAAUUCUAGUAAAACAAACGUAAAAGGGGUUAAGUGUGUUCUCAAUCUAUUUUUAUGCUAAGCAAACUGAUGUUUUAUAGAAGCUGAACAAGCUGUGGUCUUUAUUUUAAAAUAAAGGCUUUCAUAGCCACUUAUUCUUGUAAAAAUUGUCAACUGAAACGUUCCUUUAGUGUAGCGAGGUAGGGAAGCAACACGGGAACAGAAGAUAUUCUCUGCCUCACAAACCGCCUUGAUACUGCUGAAGAUAAAAGGCUUCAUUUUUAACUCGUAAUUGGACAUUUGUGCAUCUUUCAGUGGUUCCAAGAGCUCUGUACAUUGUAAAUAACUAGUUAAUCAUGUUCCAAAUUCAAAAUUUACAAAUGAAGUCCUGAGCAAUGUAUCUUUAUAAGCUGACAUGUAUUGGAUGAGAAAUAUUUGGAAAUGGCUUUCUUUGUGUUGUAUGUUCAAGUGGUUUAGAGUUGACCUUUUUGUACUGAAACAGGCUUCACGAAGCCUCAUUAAACUAAAUACUUGACUCAUAA